UAUCGCCCGGCUCAGCAUCCGACAUAGAGAAACCAUCCAAGACCUCAUCAACGACCGUCGCAUGCCAUCAACACCAUGCGUCUCUCAAUAGGUGCCAGCUUUCUGGCGUUCGCGUCAGCGCACGCCUUUUCCGAUUCUUCUCCUUUUGUUUUCCUCUCAACCGCCCAAAUAGCAAGGCCUUCGACUGCGUCAACCGCCCAGCUGCAGAGUAGCUCUCAGGUCCUGUCAACCGCAAAGUCAAUGCUAGAGUCGUGCCCGACGGAACGAUACCUGCUCAUCUCCCAGCCGAACGCACACGCGUCGGAUCUGCGCUGCGCCGCCGACCAUCCAGGCUGCCGCAAAGCCCCAAAUCUCGUCCGCUAUGCUUCUUCUGAUUCGCCACUCUCGGUUGCCGAGGUUUUUGGAAGCCUAUCGUUUGGUGAUUUCGCCGACCACAUCAAGGCUUCAUGCAUGCAAUUGGGAAAGACGGCUCAUGUCGUUGAGCACACCCUGAAGGAGCUUCCGACAUCCAAGGGCCCAGUAGAGAGGGCGGCUGCUCUCGAGGAGAAUGACCGGGAGCUUGGUAACAUUCUUGAUACAGCACACGACCAGGGUGACUACACAGCCAUUUACUUCUCAAAUCCCAACGACUUCAAGCCCUACGAGUCCGGAUUUGAUGACUCCAUCCACAUGGAGCUGAAGCGCCAGCUUGUCGACACCCCGUUGGCUUAUCCCAGGGCAGCAGGAAAAGUCUCGGACAACUCGACAGGUCAUCACGACGGCCUCUUCCACAGAUACCAGUUCUUCACUCCCGGCAUCUUCAUGGGGCUGCUUGCAAUGUUCUUGAUGAUGACCAUUCUAUACGUUGGCCUCCAAGCCCUCGGCAGUCUUCAGGUUCCUUACGGAGCUUUUGAAAAGGAUAUGGGUCCUGCCGCACAGAGGAAGAACCAAUGAGUCGGAGGACGAACGCAAGCACACUGUUUUCCUUUAUUCAUUAUCUCUUUGGAUGGGAGCAAAAAAACUGCCUCUCGUCGCUGGGAAUAUCGUGUAAAUCAAACAAGGCUGGGGAGUACCGGCGUGUAAUUCAACGCAUUGAUAUUAGAUCUUAUCAUCAGGUCUAAUGAUGGGAAUAGCUUAGCAAAUUUCAGGGUAUCGUUGAUUUUCUUUCUUGGAUAAUGACAUUUUCCUCCGGCCCGUUACUCGAGCCCAUCGUCUUCAGUUGUUUAUAACUGGUGAUUCUGCCCAUCUUCUCCAAACUCCAUGUGGUGAAGGCAUGCCGCAAACCCCAUAUAUACGGUGUUUGCCGAUUCAAACAAGAUGACUAGGAAGCAAAAAGUUUGCUAUUCCCUCCCGGAUGGCAUACUCAUGACCACAAUUCGAGCAGACCAGCUUUCCCUGAUUAAUCUGCGUCUCGAUGAGGAGAUUGUGCAACUCCUUGAGCAUCUUUUCAUCACUCUGCAGCUGCUCAGCUGUUGGCGGCUGGCUCGGCAGGGCGGGGAAACCAAGCUCUGUAGACGUAGUGCAUAAUGCAGACCAGUCGAUCCGUGGCAAGAUGUUGAUCAACAGUUGUGCGUUGAGCUCAGUCUCAUCCUGCACCAAUUCGGCCUCCUUUGGGUGGAGGGGGAAAGAAUUUGACGAGGCGCGGCACGACUUGACCGCGCAGGUGAGGAAGUUUAAGCUGAGAAUCUUCAUUUUCUCUUUUUUUUUUUUUAUGAUUCGUUUUUUUUUUCUUCUUCGCCUGCGGCAGUAUCCUCUUAAUUGGUGAUAAGACGACUAGAAUCAAGUUGGAUUCGACUUUACUUAGUUAUUUUAUUUCC